AUGCACCAUGCCCAGAUGCCAUCACAACCUGACAAGUAUCCUCCCUUCAAACGUGUGCAUAAGCCUGCUCGACCGUGGGAAGUGGCUUCAGUUGGAAUGUACAUCACAGCCAUCUGGGACCAUAGAGCAUGGUUUCUACAGCUUGAUGUUGAUUGGUACAAUAAAGGAAUCAGAGAUCGGGAUUGUGAUUUUGCCUAG